GCCGACAGUAGUUGGAGCUUCAUGCAGCUUCUGGGCUCGCUCGUUCCACCAAAAAGCCGGGGGUACGUCCACUCAAGAUGCUCAAGGUGACCCAUUAGCAACGGGCCGUUGCUACUCAAGCUCGGAAAUACACUACGCGGCGCCUCUUAAAGUCUGUCGAAGCUUCAAGGAUUUCGCGCUUACUCACACUGAUGAAGGCGGCUUUCAUUAAUGCCACUGCUUGCCAGCGUAACCCAAACAUUCUCAUGAAUUCAUUUUCUUUUCAUGCCAACCAGGUGCUCAUCGUUCCCCCGAAAUUACGGAGUGAAGCCAUUUCUCAUCACAUCCUAUCAGUCACCACUUAGUGUCCUCAACCCAUCUCAUAACAGCCUAUCGGUUAUUAUCUAUCCAGACGCACAAAGUGAAGCCACUUCUCGCAUUGUCUCUCCAAUCACCAAGUUGGAAUUGCAGGAAUAUCGACUCACCCCCACCCAACAUGUCACUCCAAGACAAAGUCGUCCUCAUCACCGGCGGCAGCAAAGGCAUCGGCCGCGCCAUCGCCCUCCGCGUCGCCUCUGCCGGAGCCAAAAUAGUUAUCAACUACUCGCGCGACCGCAGUGCGGCAGACUCGCUCGCCUCUGAAAUUGGUUCCACAGACCGCGUCCUUGCUGUGCAAGCCGACGUCUCCAAAAUCCCCGAGAUCGAGAAACUCGUAGAUGCCGCCGUUGCAAAAUUCGGUAAGAUUGACGUCCUCGUCCCCAACGCAGGAACCAUGCCCCUACAGCCCCUGGCGGCUAUUACUGAAGACCUCUUCGACCGUACCUACGCGCUCAACGUCAAGGGCCCCUUGUUCCUGGCUCAGAAGUGCAUCCCGCACAUGCUGAAAGGAGGGCGGAUCAUUUUCAUCUCGACUGGCAUCGCGCGUAGUAGUGCCCUGCCUGGAGUCUACAUGCUCUACGCAUCCACCAAGGGAGACGUGGAGCAGAUGACGCGGGGCUUGGCCAAGGAGAUGGGCGCCAAGGGGAUCACGGUCAACUGUGUUGCCCCCGGACCGACGGCGACGGACUUGUUCAUGGAGGGUAAGUCGGAGGCUAUGAUCAAGGGGAUCGAGGCGCAGAGCCCCUUUGGAAGGCUGGCGGACCCGGGGGACAUCGCGGGGGUGGUGGCGUUUGUUGCUGGAGAGGAGGCUGGGUGGGUUUCGGGGCAGGUUAUUGGGGCUAAUGGGGCGGCUUUCGUGUAGCCAAUAUGUGCUUGUUCUUGUAAGAGAUCAUCCAAAACCGAAGGUUGGUGGUUUUAAACGGCAUGGCAAGACAUUUUGAAGGGCAUCUUGAUCAGGGUUGGCAAAAUGGUGUUUUCAUCUAGCGCCAAGGAGGGCAAUCCAAGAAAGUCCGGCGUGCCUUGGCUUCUGGAAGAGCUCUUUGGCAGUUGCAAUGCAUGCAAAUAUUAUGCUACAAAUAAAUACAUUUAGUAGCAGCAGGGCUAUUCGUAUACACAACUUUCAUG